AUGAAGGACGCACCGCUGACCCGAAAUGGACCAGCCAACUUCAUUCAACCGGCGCAGCAACAGGGCGCAGUGAUGAUGGUCUACGGACUCGAUAACAACACAUCCAACACUGAAAAGUUGUUCAAUCUGUUCUGCCUGUACGGAAAUGUUGUCAGGAUAAAGUUCCUGAAGAGCAAAGAGGGUACCGCCAUGGGCGCCUCCAAGAACAAUCGCUUCCUUUCGUUGACCCAGGCCAGCAAAAAUUGCAUUCUGCCACCGAGCAAGAUUCUCCACUUCUUCGAUACCGCACCCGUUGUAUCCGAGGAUCUACUGCUGACUGCAUUCUCCACCAAGGGCUGCCACCCGUCGCAAUGUAUGAAGCUGUGUUUCUCCUCGUCCAAGACGAUGAACGGUGCGUGGAGCAACGAAUGGGCAUGGGCAGUACCUGGCAACCAAAUGUCGGCAGCGGCCGCGACAGCCUCCGUCGUGGCAGCAGCGUCCUGUGGUGUGACGCCCAUUUCGGUGACGGGCGACUGUCUCAAAUCCGAACACGAUGAACCAAUGUAA